AUGGACCGACCAGAAGAAGAUGUUGAGAAAAGGGCAGGUGAGGACAGCACUUCUUCCGAAGAUGGUGGUCAACAGCAACUCGCAUGGGACGACCCUCUCCCCGCGACCAGCCUAAUAAUGGACGAGUUCUCCGUCUCACGCACGAAAUCCAUCCUCCCUCUGACGCUCUAUACACUCGGUCUCGCCAUCGGUCCCCUCUUCAUCGCCCCGUUCUCUGAAGUAAUCGGUCGCAAGUGGAUCUACGCCGGAUCCUGCACUUUCCUCCUCGCAUUCCUUGGAGGUGCGUCGGCGGUGACAACAUUCUCUGGACUUCUCGCCUGCCGUUUCAUAGCUGGAACGCUGGGCUCUGCCGGCAUCGCUGUCGGCGCAGGAACCAUUGCCGAUGUUUGGGAACUCGGCAAGGGAGCUGGCGCAUCACUGUUGUACAUCCUUGGCCCGUUUUUGGGACCGACUUUGGGGCCUUUGGCUGGAGCGUAUAUCAUACACGACAGAGACAACGACUGGAGAUGGACGCAAUAUGUUCUCCUCAUGGUUGGUGCUCCCAUCUGGGUCGGGGCUAUAUUGAUGAAGGAGACAUCAAAAGCCUGGAUCCUGCGCAAAGAGUCAGGGGAAGAGCCCAUCACUUUCGCGCGACUUGGCAGCAUUAUUCGAGUCGCCGUUAUGAGACCGACAAAGAUGCUCCUCACUGAGGUUAUUGUCUCCUCGCUGGCCAUCUACACAGCUUUUGCCUAUGCCAUGAUCUUCAGCUAUUUCGGCAGCUGCUCCUACGUGCUCCAGAAGUACUACGGUUUCAAUUUGAGAGAAGUUGGAUUGAGCUUCCUUAGCAUCAUCAUUGGCUAUUUCCUGGCAACCUUUGUUUUUGCUUUCCUCGAUGCCAAGUUCAGAAUACCUGCUGUGCAAGCCGGCAAAGGUUUUCCCGAGCAGCGACUGUAUGCGGCGCUCGUGGGUAGUGUUGCUCUUCCUGCUGGAUUAUUCUGGUAUGCAUGGGAAGCUCAUCGUGGGGGUCACUGGGCCGCCUUGGUCGCGGCUGGUAUCCCAUUCGGGCUCGGCGCCUUUUGUCUAUUCUUGUCUGUCAUCACCUACAUGGUCGACUUUUAUGGCCAAAAGGCCGCGGCAUCUGCUCUGGCCGCAAAUGGUAUCCUUCGAUACAUUCUGGGUGCUGUCUUCCCCUUGUUCACCCUCCAGAUGUAUGAGAAGCUUGGCGUGCACUGGGCUGGCAGCGUAUUUGCGUUCCUCUCACUCCCUCUGAUACCGAUCCCUUGGCUUCUGUUCAAGUAUGGCGGAAAGUUGAGACAAAGGAGGCUUGCACCCAACUACACAGCGCGGUCUCCCAAGCCAGCGCCCGCUCCAGUUCCGGGAAUUUUUGAUGACAUCCUGGACUUCUUCUCUGAUGUUGUUGACGCUUUGAGCGAAGCCGGAAAAUUUGUAUGGGAUCAGCUCGAUGAAGCUGAACAGGAACUACUCGCAAGUGACGACCAACUUGUGGUCGACGGAUGCAACGUCGUGAGAUGCGGAGUGGAGCUCGGCUUCACAUCUGUCAAGUGCCUCAUUGAAGUUGUGGGUACCAAAGGCAUUGGAAAGGUUGGCAAGAAGGAAAAGCUUGGCUGCCUGGCUGAAGUCGCUGAGACGAUCGAUGACAUAAAGAGUCAUAAGCUUUGCGAUCACUGCUGGGAUGCCAUCAAGAACAACGUACUACCUCAGGUAGAAUCGGUGUGA